AUGUCUUCGACCCUGGAUGCCACGGCCCAUCCUGUGGCGGCUACUUUUCCCCCGAUCACAAGUAUGCCUUCUACCGAUGUGUCGAGUCUUAUCUCAGAGAAGGACUCAAACGCGGAAACUGAAAGCAAGGCAACGAUAUCCUCCGCUACCCCCAAAUCAAGCCAAGAUGACACUUUACAAGACACCAUUGGUCAACAAGACCAUGGGCAGCUACCGGCUGAGACAAGGCCAGAGCUUGACGCUGAUGAUGAAGUUGGCUCAGAACUCGACCUCAAAGACGACGUCAGCGAAACUUCGAAAACGAGUGGCCUGUCUAACAACACAGCUCGCCGCUUUGGGGAAUCUCAUUUGAGAGACCUUGCACGUGGGCUUCGAUUGAAACCUUUGAGUUUGAGAGAUACGGGCCCUGAGGAACAAGGGCAGUUCACGGUCGAUUUUGCGAAUCACUUGAAGAUGAUGAACUGGGUCACUGAUAUCCUGGCGGAUUUCGAUAAACCUCCCCAUCCAUCUUCAAGUAGUAGUAGCGGAGAGUACCGAGAGAGAACACCAGGCAUUCCUCAGAUGCACGACUGCACAUGGAGCGAGUGGUGGGGUUCUCCACCAUCCGAUUUUGCGGUUCAAGUUUUGGCAGAGGAGGAGCCACCGGACUCAACGUCGUUUCCUGACCGACGGCGACGAACAGCAUUCGAUGAAGGGACCGUUCACCCCAAGCCCGUGCUUCUACAACCCCGGCUCGACGGCGUCAUGGUCCUUCCUGAUCGAAUUCGUAUCAACUCCUUACCUGUGAGGAGGAUUCUUGAAACGUUGACGAAUGGGAGAUUGUGGUCAUUUCAUAACUCGAUAAUCUAUCGCCCUUAUAAAGUUCUUCAAUGGCUCGAGCCAAAGAUUCGUCAAAAGCAAUCAGAUAUUCAGCAUCUCUACAACAAGGGAUCGGUCAUCGAAACAGAGCCUGUUGGUCUAGAGGACCCACCCGGAACAGAGACCAGUGGGCCAACCGACUGUGAAAUGAUCACAAAGCCGCCAAUGAGUAAAGAGGAUAGAGAGGAAAUCAUAUUCACCCCAAGAUACGACUGGAAGUAUUUGACUCAAAGUGAACUGCGAGAGGCAGAUCUGGAUCUCGGCACCCUGGUGUCUUUCAUAGACAAGUAUAUCUCCCCCAUACGAGAGGCACUUCAGGGAAGAGACGAUUUCCAAAUCCACUACCAAGAGCUUUGGCAUGCCUUUAAGCCGGGCACAGAUGUCUACGUCAAAGAUCCGGCCAUUCCUCAGAAGUUGUGGCGUGUCGUACGAGGUAGAGGAGGACAAAAGCCACUAUACCGCCGCGCUCAAGCUACAUCCAAAAUCGCUCACAUGAUGCUAGGAGGCGCUUUGAACGACGCAAUACCCCCACCUUUUUGGAUAGACUGCUAUCACCUAGACUUUGAUGGGAACCAGUUCAUUCGUGUCUUCAAGCAAUUCAAGUUUGAAUGGUUUGAAGAGCUAGCCAGCGUGCGCUCCCUCCCAAUUAUUCCGUUGAAUAUCGCGGAGCGAGAAGGCCUCAUCGAUCUUGGAGAUUGCAGAAUAAGAGGACAAGAUUUCAUAUCCUACACCAAGUGGUCUUACAGCUAUUACCAAGGCCAAAGCCUGAUCUCUGAACCCGAUGGCACUGCCCUGCGCCGUCCCGAGAAAGGAGCAAUCACUUCAGCAGUGGUACUUUCGGAGGCUAUUGAAAGUCCAGUGGUUGUUGACUUUCAUCGAUGCCUGCAGGAGAUCCCCGACUGGAAGCCUGGAAGAUUGCCUACCUCGAUUUGGGUACGAGCGGAGAAUGUUCCACAAGAGAAACCAUCAGGGAGUGUUCAGCUGAUUCCGCCGCCCCCAGGAGCUGAUGAUGACAGGUUGUGGGACACUCGACUAGCAGAGGAGGUUCUCAACUACACCAAUCAAUCCAAACCUUUAGAAGUGUAUGGCCGAGAACCUCCUGAAGGGGAUGAGAUUUUGUUGCUGCCUGACAGAGUUUUUGCAUUCGUCCUGCGUACACGUCGGUGGGCCUGUAUUCCGCUCGGGUCUGGCUCACUGGAGACUCAAGGGCAUAGUCUCACGAGAAUGAAACGGGACCACCUGGCAUGGAAUCAGCUCCAAAUAGACGACGGUCACAGAACCAUCAUCAAGUCCUUGAUGGCCACACACUUUAGCAAAAACAAGUUGGAGCGACGCCAGUUCGACGUUAUCCAGGACAAAGGUUCUGUGAAAGAACAGCCCUACUUCAAUGGAGAACUAAAAGAGACUAAUAAAACUGUGGCAACAUAUUACAAUAAGCCACUGUUACCUAUCACUUGUGGCGACUUAGGAAUGACCCCAACAGACGUAGAGGCCAACCUCCAAGCUGCAUUCCAGAUGGCACAGGCAUGGGAGUGUGUAUUGCUUUUAGACGAAGCUGACGUGUUCUUGGCGGAAAGAAGCCAAGACAACAUUGAGCGGAACGCACUGGUAUCUGUAUUCCUCCGGGUAAUGGAAUACUACGAAGGCAUCCUCUUUCUCACGACCAACAAAGUAGGCUCCUUUGAUGAGGCCUUCAAAUCCCGCAUGUCCAUGGCCCUAUACUACCCACCCCUCACCCAUGACCAAACGAAAAAGAUAUGGGAGGUACAAAUGGACCGCACGGAAGAACUCUCAAAGGCGGCUUCGCCGAGGGACCCGUCCAAGCAGGUGAAGUUCAACCGCGAUGAAAUCCGAACUCUUUCAACGACUCUUUGGGCUCUGCAAACUACCAGGGAUGACCACAGGCCAGUCUGGAAUGGAAGGCAGAUCAGGAAUGCCUUUCAGACGGCCGUGGCACUGGCCGAAUUUCAUCAGCAGGAGAACCACAUCACGGGACCCAUCAUCGUCAAGGGUGAGCACUUUGACAAGGUGGCCAAGGUCUCGCACGAGUUCAACGCGUAUCUCUACUCGGUAAGACACGAGCGCCUUGACAACGAGCUCGCACACAAGAAGGAGCAUCGUUACGAUGACUUCAACCGGCAUCAGUUUGGCCUCGGCGGACAGGGGUUUGGAAUGCCUCAACAGGGGGGUUAUCAGCAGGGUUUCGGGAUGCCGGGCGGCUUUCAGACUCCUCAACAAUUCGGCAUGAUGGGAAUGGGAAUGCCUAAUAUGGGAAUGUCUGGCUCUGGGUUUAGUAACCUGCAAAAUCCGGGCAGUUUCGUGGCUUCACAGUCAUCUCAACCCAACUUCGGCAAUAUGGGUAACCUCGGCAUGGGUAACGUGGGAAUGGGCAACAGCAACAUGGGCAACACUGGUCUGGUUAACGUUGGAUUGGGCAACUCUGGCAUGAGCGGGCAAAAUGCGGCCAUGGGUGCGCAGCAAGGCAAUUCCAACAGUGCAGGCAUCCCGGGCCAAAAUCUGGCGGGCCAAAUGACGCCCCAACAACAGCAGCAACUCCAAGAACUACUUCGACUCCAGCAGCAACAGUAG